GCUCUACGUGGCUCUGCCGCCUAUUCUGUCGGGUUGUGACCUGUACUGACGUCGGUAGUCGGUGAGAAGGACGCCGGGGGACCCAGGAAACCUAGAAAUUGUGAGAGUUCGGCCUGAGUCAGGAUUUGGGGGAGGAGUGCCUGGCCCAACGUGGACUUCCCUUCGCGCUCCUGCGGUGCUCGGGGUCGGUUGCCGCCUGCCGUUAACGGUCCCUGGUGGCUCUGUCACAGCCUGUGUCACGCUGUGAUCUGCACUGGCCGUGGGAGUCAUAGGAAGGACUCAGGGGGACCCAGGAGACUAGAAAUGGACUCAGUGGCCAUUGAGGAUGUGGCUGUGAACUUCACACCAGAGGAGUGGGCUUUACUGAAUCCUUCACAGAAGAAACUCUACAGAGAUGUGAUGUUGGAAACCUUCAGGAACCUGGCCUCUAUAGGAAAAACAUGGAAAGUUCAUGAUAUUGAAGAUCAAUACAAAAACCAGGGGAGAAUACUAAGAAGUCAUAUGGUAGAGACACUCUCUGAAUGGGAAGAGGGUAGUCAAUGUGGAGAAAACUUUAACCUUAUUCCAAAUCUCAAUCUGAACAACAAAACUCCUGCAGCAAAACCAUGCAAAUGCAGUGCAUGUGGAAAAGUCUUCAUGCAUCAUUCAUCCCUCAAUAGGCAUGUUAGAUGUCACAUUGAACACAAGCCAUGUGGCUAUCAAAAAUAUGGAGAUAAGCCAUAUAAAUGUAAGGAAUGUGGGAAAGCCUUCACUUUUCCCAGUAUCCUUCAAAGACAUGAAAGAACUCAUACUGGAGAGAAACCCUAUGAAUGUAAAAAAUGCAGUAAAGCAUUCAGUAGACUCAGUUCUCUUCAAAGACAUGAAAGAACUCAUACUGUAGAGAAACCCUAUGAAUGUAAAAAAUGCAGUAAAGCAUUCAGGUCUUACAGUUAUCUUCAGAUCCAUGAAAGAAUUCAUACUGGAGAGAAACCCUAUGUAUGUAAAGAAUGUGGGAAAACCUUUACAGCUCCCUCAAGCCUUCAAUCACACAUGAUCUUUCACACUGGAGAUGGACCUUAUAAAUGUAAGGAAUGUGAGAAAGCAUUCAUUUCUCCCAGUGCAUUGCAAAAACAUGAAAGGAGUCACACGGGAGAGAAACCCCAUGAAUGUAAGGAAUGUGGGAAAGCCUUCAGUUCUGUUAAAGGUUUCCAAAUACAUAAAAGAAAUCAUACUGGCGAGAAACCCUAUGAAUGUAAAAAAUGCAGUAAAGCGUUUAGUUGUCUCACUGCUCUUCAAACACAUGAAAGACAUCACACUGGAGAGAAACCUUUUGAAUGUAAGGACUGUGGGAAGGCCUUUAUUGCUCUCACAAACCUUCGAGCACACAUGAUCACUCACAGUGGAGAUGGACCUUAUAAAUGUAAGGAAUGUGAGAAAGUAUUCAUUUAUCCCAGUUCAUUUCGAAUACAUGAAAGGAGUCACACUGGAGAGAAACCCUAUGAAUGUAAAGAAUGUGGGAAGGCCUUCAGUUUGUAUGCUAACUUAAAAAUACACCAAAGAACUCACACAGAAGGAACACUUUUUGUAUGUAAGGAAUGUGGUAAGGCUUUCAUUUCUCUUCAAGCUCUCCAAAUACAUGAAAGAAAUCACACUGGUGAGAAACCCUAUGAAUGUAAAAAAUGCAGUAAAGCAUUCAGUAGACUCAGUUCUCUUCGAAGACAUGAAGGAACUCAUCCUGGAGAGAAACCCUAUGAAUGUAAAAAAUGCAGUAAAGCAUUCACUUCUUCCAGUUCUCUUCAAAUGCAUGAAAGAAUCCAUAGUGGAGAGAAACCCUAUAAAUGUAAGGAAUGUGGGAAAACCUUUACUGCUCCCUCAAGUCUUCGAUCACACAUGAUCUUUCACACUGGAUAUGGACCUUAUAAUUGCAAGGAAUGUGAGAAAGCAUUCAUUUCUCCCAGAUCAUUUCAAAAACAUGAAAGAAGAACUCAUACUGGAGAGAAACCAUAUGAAUGUAAAAAAUGCAGUAAAGCAUUCAUUUCUUCCAGUUCUCUUCAAAUACAUGAAAGAGUUCACACCAGAGAGAAACCCUAUGAAUAUCAGGAAAAUGGGACAGCCUGUAUUUCUCAUGAAAACUUUUGAGGAUAUGCAAGAAUACAGAUCAGAGGAAAAACCAUAUAAAUGUAAAGAAUGCAGGAAAGCCUUUUGUCAUCCGAGUUCUUUCUGAAGGCAUGAAAGGACUCACUUAAUGAAAGCUUCUUGAGUGUAAACACCAUGGGAAAGAUUUCACUUGGCCUACAUCCUUCUAUGUGAAACUCCCACCAAAAAGAAAUAUAAAUUUAAGUCAUAU